AUGGCUCUAAACAACGCGAUCCGCAGAGCAGCUUCGAGAGUUGUACCUUUGGUCAUCAGGGCUUCCGCUGGAGGUCAAAGGUGCCUGCACCACCACGCCUCUCCAGCACAGUUGUUCUCCGCCGUCAACUGUCCCUCGACUAAUCUUUUGCGGAGGUCGCUUCCGUCGUUUAUCCACCGUUUUUCUACCAAAGCCGAGUCUGAUGCGGCGCUCCUCCGAGUUAUCGAAUACGAGGUCAAGUGCGCCGAGGAGUCUGAGGCAGGGAACGAGCCAGAGGAGGUCCCAGCGGAUUUCCCUUUUAAAAUUGAAGACCAUCCUGGGCAGCAAACUGUAACACUAAGCAGAGACUAUCAAGGAGAAAAAGUAACUGUUGAAGUUCACACGCCUGACCUCACUGGCAAUGAAGAUGAUGAUGAGGAUGAUGACGAUGAUGAGGAAGAAUCAGCAAGUGGUCCGAACAUCCCAUUGGUUGUUAGAAUCUCCAAGAAAAGUGGACCUGCUCUGGAGUUCAGCUGUACUGCUUACUCUGAUGAGAUUGUCAUUGACAGCUUGGCUGUCAAAGAUCCCGAGGUCGAUGAGGAACAGAUUGCUUACGAAGGACCCGAUUUUGCGGAUUUGGAUGAGAAUCUGCAGAAGGCUUUCCACAAGUAUCUCGAGAUCAGAGGAAUCAAGGCCAAAACAACCAAUUUCUUGGUGGACUACAUGACCAACAAAGAUGCAAGGGAGUACACAGAGUGGCUCAAGAACCUUCAGAAGUUUGUUGAGGCUUAA